AUGCUUCUCAACCCUGUCGACCCUUCCUCCUUCUCGCCCAUCGAUGGCUUCUCUCCCUCCCGCUCCCUCUUCAAGCGCUGCAUAACAUGCGACUCCGUCCCCACCUGCCCGGCCUGCCCCGAUGGCCAGACCUGUACGAUGACCGCCCAGACCUGUGACACCUGUUCCACCACCAAAUGUGUGUCGAGCUCGACCAACUCCUCCCCGCCCUCGUCCAGUGGGCCCAACGUCGGUGCCAUCGCCGGUGGUGUGGUGGGAGCGGUGCUGGCCCUGACCCUCAUCCUCUUCCUCAUCUGGUGGUUUGUCAUUCGCAAGCGCCGCAAUGAUGCUGCUGAAGGGGAGGAGAAGGACCACAGCGCCUUCAAUGCCGCGCGGGAUGGCCGCAAAUCCAUCCAAUCCAUCGCCUCCACCGUCCUCACCCGUGCCUCCAACGUCAUCCAAAUCGCCUACAUUCCCGGUGUCACCAAUCGUUCCCCUCCGGAGACCCCGGCCACGCUGGUGCCCCCGGUUCCCCCCUUGCCGGGUGCCCACCCCGAUCAGCACUUCUUCAUGCCGGGUGACCUCCGGGACUCUUCCUGGACCACCAUGACGGGCCACCAAAGUAUGUCUCCCACCUUCCGGAGCAGUGUCGCGACCACUGUGUACCGCAGUGACGCCAUCGUCAGCGCCAUUCCCGCGCAGCAGAUCCAGCGGUCACGGGCCAACAUCGUCAGCGUGCACAAUGCUCCUCCUGGCGGCGUGGGCUCCGGCUCCCCGACCCAACCGCUUCCUGUGAUGAUCACCCCCAGGGAUGCCCCCGCCGUGCCGGCCAUCACCACAUCCCAACUUGCCAAGGCAGGGGCCAUGCAGCACGGCGGCAGUUCCAUUGUGGCGCGCCAAGUUGUGGCGAAGCCAGUCAUGGUCCGUGGUGCCUCGGUCAAGAAGAAGGACGGUCAGGCAGACAAGAAGCCAAUCACAACCGAGUCGAAUGGAAGCAGUCAUCAGUUCGACCACCAAAUGUCCACGUUCGACGGUAACUCAUCCGACGAAGACGAAAACGGCGACGAGACACGGCCAACCACCUCCUCCAACUCAACAGGAGCCAAGGCUACCGCGUCCGAGGAAUCUGCUCAGAGCUCUGGUCCCUUCCAAGACCCCCUCAGCAGCGACGCAACCUCCUCUUCCGAAAGCCAGCAACGCAGCUCCCGUCACACCGACGGGGCGCCGCCGCGCGUACAGAGUCCCUUCUCCGACGCCAACGAGGUGAAAUGA